CAAAUAUGGGUAGGGACGGAUCCACCCCUCAAAAAAAAGCAGGGACAAAUGACACCCCAAAAGUAUCGAUCUUCCCAAAUCGAUCAUUAUCUAACGGGUGACGUCAUCACCGUCACGAUCUCCGUUUAGCCCGUGCCAGCGUGUCAUUUUUUUACACGCUGGAUGCUGAUGUGUACCAAUUCCGUCACGAUCUCCAAAUCCCUGAACACUAACAUGGGGUUCCCAAUUUGCAGUUAGGUCCCCGCCCAAGUCCAAAUCCCUAACCCUGUAAUUCAUUUCACCUGCUCCGAUCAUCUUCUGUACUGCCAAAUUUUAAAAAUGGAGGAAUUAGUUGCCGUGAUUCUGUCUAUGCUUCUUGUUGUUGCUUUGAUUCCGUUGUAUCUAUGGAAACGCCGGCAGGAUUCGGGAUCACCUCAGGAACACGAAGAAGACCGUCAGGUUCCAAUGAGGGAAGCUGUGGUUGGCGCCAUUGGUGCUCGUAGGAUGCGUAGGAGACCAGCCGCUGGAGCUAGCACAUCAUCAGCUGCAGCUGCAGCUUCAAGCACUGCAGGUGCUAUACCAUAACCCUUGACCCAUAAUCAAAUGCGCAGAUCCAA